AUGCUACCUGGAAUUCUCCCUCUCUUCGUGCUCGUAGCCUCUGCAUUGGCUCCUGCUCUCGCUCAGGUCGGCCCUGGCGUCGUUACUGGCGACACGAGGGUUCACGACCCGACAAUCUGCAAGGACAACAACGGGAAAUAUUUCUUGUUUUCGACUGCCCCUGGGAUUGAGAUACGCACCUCGACAGACCGGACGGCGUGGACCCUUGCCGGGAAGGUCUGGCCUUCUGGGGCUUCCUGGACGGAUACGUACACUGGGAUGAGCAACGGGAACCUUUGGGCACCCGAAUGUUAUUACAACGGGAACGAGUUCUUGUUGUGGUACUCAGCUUCAAGCUUCGGGUCCCAGAAGUCUGCCAUCUUUUUGGUAAAAUCGUCUAGUGGAAAUCCUGGAACUUGGAGUAACCUUGGCCUCGUAACUUCGACAUCGUCUUCCAAUAAUUACAAUGCUAUUGAUCCAAAUGUAUUCGUUGAAAACGGAAAAUGGUGGCUUACCCUCGGCAGCUUCUGGAGCGGCAUCAAGCUCCUUCCCUUGGAUCCAUCUACCGGGAAGCCGCCCUCCGGAGCUGCGAUCAUCUCCCUCGCUGACCGGCCCCAAGCAAGCGGGGCCAUCGAGGCAAGCUCCAUCUUCAAAAACGGGAACUAUUACUACUUGUUCACGUCCUGGGAUAAGUGCUGCGCUGGUACUGGGAGCACGUAUAAUAUCCGUGUGGGAAGGGCGUCGAGCAUGAACGGGCAGUACGUUGACAAGAAUGGCGUCGCGCUUACUGCUGGAGGCGGUACACUUGUCUUGGGGUCACACGGCAACAUUAUCGGCCCAGGAGGACAGGACGUCUAUAGCGACGGAGACGGUCCUAUCCUUGUCUACCAUUAUUACACGUCAUCUGGAUCCUUCUUGGGUAUCAAUCGACUCGACUUUUCCGGUGGCUGGCCGGUUGUGGUAUGA